AUGCCUAGACCAGAAAAACAAUUUUUAAAUACAGGGUUGGCAGACGAAUGCACCGGAGGAAACAAAUGUACCCGAAACUGUCAAUGCGGCAACUGCAAUCCUAGAGGAGUAGGAGCCUGUAAACCCAACCUAUGUACAUCUACUAACUGCCAAUGCUGUAAAGACAAUGAUGGUGGUGCUAUCUCCUCUUUCAACACAUUUACUUCACAAUUCUUAAUGAUCAUCUUGGCCUUUACCGGAGAUGGUUAUUUGAAGACUUACUCCAAGUAUGAGCAUGAUCGUAGUAAAUGGCCAACUAAAGACUGUGGGUUCUUUAAGUCCUUAGGAUACUGGACAUGGAAUGGAAUGAAGGUGGCAUGCAAGAGUGUUAAGUCCUCCUUUACCACUAAUGUCAGAUGCAAGGUCUUGGGUAAAUCAGAGGCCCUACUCAUUGUUUAUGAAGAUACUCCACCUGAGGACGACGAUCCCUUUUUUGAUCUACCAUUCAUUAAGAAGAAAGAAGAGGUCGAAUGCACACCAUAUCCUUUUGUGCCUCCUUACUAA